GAAUCUCUGCUUCUUCUAACACAAAAGUUAAUCCAGGUCAGAUUUCUACAUUCCAAUGUGACAUUCAAGGUAAUGUGACUGGUGUUACCAUCCAGUUCCUUAUUGGUAGUCAACCUGCUGCAGAAACUGCACGCACACAAGCAAAUGGGGUUACCAGGGUUACAUUUACCGGUGAAGCGAAUCCUACUGUUACAUAUAUCUGCAGACUUGCUAGGGAUCCAUAUACAGCAUAUGCAGAUCAUUCACUUAAUCUCUUUGCAUUACCAACGUAUACUGGACAACCAAGCACACUGACGGUUACUGGAUCAUCAGUGGAAUUGAGAUGGAGGAACUGGAGUACCAGUAGUGGAGAUGGUGGUGAUGGUCCCGUUAUUGGAUAUGUUUUAUAUUACAGACGGUCUUCAUCAUCUGGGCUCUGGCGCCACAUGCCUCAAGACAACAGUCUUACAGCCACAGUGACUGGUUUACGGUGGGAAGAAGAAUAUGACUUUGCUAUAGCAGCGGUCAGGGAAGGUGCUGGGGGUGAAGGUCCAAGGGGAAGUAAUGAGCUAACUGCAUCAACAGUCUGUGGAGAACCAACAGCACCAGUAGUCAGCGCAAAUUCGAGUUACAAGUUUCCUAAAAGAAUCAACAUUUUUUGGCAACAAUUAACG